AUGGAAGAGUUGAUCAGCUGCCUCGAGUUUCGCGAUUUCGUUUCACUGUCUCGUCUGCUUUCCCCCCCAAGGAGGCGAGGCUUUCUUCCACUGUUGCCACUUCUCCUCGACGCCGCGGCCAAGUAUGACUCGCCCCCGCCGCCUCUCUCCUCUCUGCUCGCGGAGAUCUUUCCUCAGGAGCAGACGGACUUCGUCGCGGCACUGAGCCGCCUCUCCAUUCGCGAUGCCUCAGCUCUGGCUCCCGCGACGAAAUGUCCUCUGGGGUCUUCGCAGGCGUCGUCCUCCGCUGAGCAGGCGUGCCGCGACUCCCCCCAGCAGAGCUUCGCGUUCUUCGCCUCUCUCUUCUCGCCUUCUGGCUCCCCGGCCGCUCCCUCCGGGCUUCCUCACUCCACUGCGCAGCACGCCGCAAAUGUCCUCUCGCUCUUCUGCGAGGAUGUCGCUGCCGUCCUCCACGGCUGCCAGCGCAGCGCGUCGCUGCCUCGCGCCUGGACCCCCUUGCUGCCUCUCCUCCUGCCGCUCCUUCUGCUGCGGCUCUCGCCAGAGAGAGUCCGCGCAGCCGCGCUGAAGCGACGGCAGACUCCAUCCGAAGACGACGCCAGCGCGAAAUCUGGCGCCUCGCCGCGCGGCUCGAAUUCCUCGGUAUCCUUGCCUUCUUCUGCCGGCGAAGGGCGAAAGAGAGGCCGCGAGGACGUGAAGGCCGAAGAACGCGACCCCGUGCAGCGAUGCGCGUCCGCGGCGAAUGGCGCGCGCGCCGCUGGCGUGGAGCCGCGCGAGGCUGAGGCGGGCAGCGACGAGAAGAAACAGAUAGUGGAGGCGGCUGUCUCUCCGCCUGAUCAGCUGAAAUGCCGCGCGGCUCUCCUGGAGGGCGUCUCUAUCGCCAGGCACGUCAAAGGAAAGGGCUUGCGCAUGAAGCACGCGCUCGCACCUCCCUCCGCGUCGUCCUCCUCCUCUCCUCCGCACGCAGCCGUGUCUAGUGCCUCUGAGAGGAGGCCCCCGGCGGUGCCCUUCUCGCGCACCUUCUUCUUUCUGUCUCCGACCUCGCCCUGUCUCUCGCAGCUGCCUCUCCUGGCCUUCGCGCUCGAACUCCUCGCCGUCUACUGGUUGCGGCGGGCGGCGCACGCCGACUUCGGCCGCGCCAGCCGCAGACAGACGGACUCCCGCCAGCCGGCGCAGACAGGAGCCGAGACCCACGCGGCGUCGGCGGACGAGGAGUGCCUCGCUGCGUGGAGACACGCGAGCAACUUUGCGCGAGUUCAGCAGCUCGGACUGCGCCCUGGAGACCUGCUCUUCGCCGGCGCCGCGGACGACCCCAGACGAACAGAGGAGAGAAAACAGAGGGACUCCCAAGCUGCGGAGGCGGAAGGCGACGCAGGAGGAGCCCGACUCGAAGCGCAUGCAGGCGAGCGCACGCGCGAGAGAGACGCUGAUCUUGUGCGAGACACGGUGCUCGCCGCGGUGGUGCAGCCAGGAAACCUCGAGCGCGGCCUGCAGGUCGCUGAGCUUCUGAUUGAGACAGUCAUCGCCGCGUUCAACGCGGCGAAUCCGGUCGCCGGUGCGUCUGACUCGUCCUCUGGGGGGGCACCUGCGGCGUCUCGCCUGCCGCCGCUCUUCGUGUUUUCGUUCGCGCAGAAGGUUUUCUCGGCUCUUCGGCAGGCGGGCGCGGCUUUCUCGCAGCUGCUGUUCCUCAAGCUCUUUGACGCGUCCAUCCCGCUGCCACGCCCAGUCCUUCCCCUCUCGGUGCUGCGCCUGCUUUCGUUUCCCUCGGUCGACAAGCUCCACGAAGCUGUGCGCAUGCAGGUCUUCCCCCUCCAGUCCCUCGUCUCGCCGGCCUGCUCCGCCUCAUCUUCCGCCACUUCUUCCGCCACUUCUUCCGCCACUUCUUCCGCCUCGUCCUCCACCUGGUCUUCCGCCUCGUCUUCCGCCUCGUCUGCGGCGCUCCCCGCGUCGCUCUUCGCCAGCGUUCUCGCGCGUCUGCCAGGCGCGCCGCUGCCGAAGGCCGAGCUGCUGCUGCUCCUGUGCGUGUUGUCCUACGACCACGAAGAAGCGCAGCACCUCCGCUUCCUGCGGGAUUCACGCGUGCGCCUGGAGGCUGAGAAGCACCGCCGGAAGUUGGAGGAAGAGGAAGAGGAGAGAAGGCGCGCUCCAGGGUCGGUCCUCGCCGCUGCAGCGGGCGCCCUCGCCAUGGACGAAGAGCGCGGGAAGGCCAAGAAGGACUCGGAGAAAACUACGGCGAAAUUUCUCAAAUCGCGCGGAAAAACCGCGUCAAAGUCCUCGCCGCCACCGUCCGUGACCAGCCUGACGCCGUCCCCCACUGAGCGGAGUCGCAGAGGAUCUCUCAGCCUGCCCUCCGCCUCUCCGUCGACAUCUGCUUCAUCUUCCACCCCAGGUUCUUCCUCUUCCUCGUCUGCAUCUUCCUCUUCUUCUUCGUCUUCCUCUUCAACGUCGUCGUCUUCUGCGCCGCCUGCAGCGCCUGCUGCUUCGUCUUCGUUUCCUUCUUCUCCUUCGACGUUCUUUCUUGGCGGCGGCAAGUUCGAUUUGUCUUCUGAGAAGGGGCGGGUCGCCUCGGCGCUUCACCAGUUCUUCGUGGAGGCUCUGUUGCCUCCGAGUGCCUCGUCUCCCGGCCGCGUCUGGAGCUUACUGGCUGUCGCGGAGAUGACUGGCUUUCUUCCGGUCGACGCGCUGGUGCUCCCUCUGCGUCGGGCGUAUCGCGCAAGUCUACCUUACGCGGUAUUCUGGGCUCUGAAACUCGCUGCGCUCUCCUCCUCGUCGCUGGCCUCGGCGUCAGAUGUCUUCUCAGCCUACCUCUCGACUGCGUCCUCCUCUGUUUCCGCCGCGCCGCCGCCGGAAAUCGCGGCGCUGCUCAUCACCUGCGAGAGCGUCCUGUUGCGCGCCCCGCACGCGGCCUCCUACUCUGCAGGCCCCCCCGCGUCGUUUCUGCCGCUUGAGGCCGCGGCGGACUUCCGCCAGCGCCUCGCGCUCCUGCUAUUCAGUCCGCUGACGCAGGAGACGCUGCGCCCUGCGGAUCCGCUCCUCGUGAAGAAGUCCCUUAUUCGGCUGCUGCCUGCGUCGCUCUCCCAGCAGCCCUGCCUCGGCUCGCGCGCGGCCGCGCCGGUGCUGUUCGACUUCGUUCUCGGCGCGCUUCUCGAGCCUGGCUGCGAGGAAGACGACGGCAACGACGAGUCGGGCGCGGAGGAGGAGGAGGAGCCCGGAGAGGAGGAGGGGCGACGGCGGAGCUGGGCACGCGCUCGGGCUGCAUGCGAAAGAGAGCUGGAGUUGCUCGUGGGCGGGAGAGGCGUCUGGAGUCGACCCCGCGCGCGAAGUGAAGCCAAGCGCGGCGACGGCGAGGGAGGCUCCGACGCGAAACCGCCCAGGGCGCUGAGGGGUCCGGAGCAGGGCGAGCCGACUGGGGUGCUGGAGGGCGCCGCCGAGUGCGAAGCGGCGCGCUGGGACGCGCCCUCCGCGUCGCCGCGGGAGAGCGGGGCGAAGUCUCAGACGCAGGUGGCAACCGAGGCGAGCGACUCGCAGCGGCCCUCACGGCUGCGGAGUGCAUUCAGCGCGAGCGACGCGGGAGGAAAGUGGGAUCCUCGAGAAGAAGACUUUUUUGCCGAGACCCCGUCCUGCUCGCUGUGCCUGAUGCUGUCCUUCCGCUUGUAUCGGUUCCUCCUCCGCUUUGCGCGAAACGCAGUGGAUGCCGCUCUCGUGCACGUCCCCGCGGCGAUGCUACAAAGCCACGGACGACUCGAGGGCGGCGACUCGCACCUGCUCCCCUUCUCCUCGCUCCAGCGCUGGUUUCAGUGCGUCGAGAUUCUCUCGCAGAUGCUCGCGAGCCUCGCCUCCCCCGACCCCUCGCACCCGUUCUUCACAGACGCCGCGCCUGCAGGCGAAGAAGAGCAAGAGCGAUUCUUCCUCGCUUCUCCCCUCGAUUUGCCUGUCUUUUUUCGCCGCCUCCGCGAACACGCGUUCCCUUCCGCGUCGGAGAUUUUGGGCUCCGCGACAUCAGCCGACGCGGCCGACGCGGGCCGCAAGGGCCUUGCGGUCGGUGGAGCACAGAGGGGUCUCCUCUUCUUUUCGGGCGCGGUCUCGGGCAGGGGACAGUACGCUGGGCGGGGCAGGCACUUGGCGCGAGACGCCGAGGCGCGGCGAAGAAGCAGCGCGGGCGCCGCGUUGAUUCUCUACAUGGUCGCGCGGCUCCACGUGAUCCCCUACUUCAAAGCUCGGGAUGCGGUGUAUCUCGCGAAACUCCACAGCCUGCCGUGGCGCGGCCUUCUUGAAUUCUGCGCUACCGAGCCGAUCUUCAGUCACUGGGUUCUGCGCUUCGUGCAAGACGCCGUCGCCGCCGCGCUGCCUGAGGUUCUGUCACUUCUGACUCCGCGGCCGGCAGACUGGCGCGAGCAACUGGAACCUUCGCUCCUCUCUCCGCUCACGCUCUCGAAUGCAUGCAAAGGCGAGGAUCUGCGAUUGAAGCAGCUUUUCGCGGACGUAGCCGUGGCGCCAUUCACUCAAAACACGUGGACCGCGCAGCGCACUCGGGGGCUGCUCGCAGGCAGCUCCUCGCCUUCUCCCGCUUUCUCUCUCGCUGCUUCGCUUUCGUCGGCCCUGCCGUCGCCGCGGCCGCUUGGCGUCUCCGCAGCUCCUUCUGCGCUGGAUAUCUUCGCCUUCGGGCGCGCACACCUGCGCAGGCUCUGGAUAGACCUCGUGGAACCCUCCGGUGCGCCGUCUUGCGGCUCCGGGGCGUCUUCGGCGGCGAAGCCUCCGCCCAGCGAAGAGGAGAUCUGCUUACUCCUGGAGACUUGGCAGUUCUACGCGUCCCUCGAGCCAAGCGUCGCUUGCCUGUGCCUAGCACUGGAGCUCAUUCGCUUGUUCCUCGCCUCGCCGUCGUCCCACUCCUCGUCCUUUGCUGGAGAUGCGUGCAGCGACGCAGCGGGAUGCGACGAGGCGGACUCUGCGGCGGCGAAGCGGGUUUCUUGUGCGGAGAUCUCGGCGCAGUACUUCAACGUCUGUCAGAACGUCCUGAACCUCCUGCUGCGCGUCCCGGCCGCCGUGCUGCUCCGCCUCUUCGCCUUCAACCUCCUCCCCGACGCGCUCUACUUCUUCCUGCUGAAAAUGGAAGGCUACGUCUUCAUGGGUGCGCCCUCGCUGCCCGGCUUUCCGCGCGCGCGCUUCGACCCCGAAGAAAUCCUCGCCACGCAGGAGGCGAGCGUCCUGCAAGUGUUGAUCGAGCUCUGCCGCCUCUCGCUGCCUCGCGGCGGCGGGUCGUCGGCGGCGCUGCCUGACUCGCCGCAUGACGUGCGCCGAGUAGGCGCCCUGUUCAAAGAGGACUGCGAAGGUGCAACUCGCAACUGCGGCGUGUGGGAGCUCCUCUGUCGCCUCUUGGAUCGCCAGUCGACGCGGCGCCCGCACGCGCUGCAGCUGCUCUUCUCCCAGGGCUUUCCGCUCGACGCAGUCAACCCCAUCUGCCGCUUCCUUCAGCACGCUCAACACCUCCUUCCCCUCGCCGUCGCAGCCCUCCGCGAGACCGCCGCCGCCAUCUGGCGCCUCUCCGAGGACCAAGGCGAGGCGGGAACGCUCCAGACAGACAAAAAAGCGUCCAGCUACGAGCACUUCGUCCGCCUGCCCGCGGAGCCGACGUCGGCGUCUGUUCACCCCGCGCUGGCGCCGCUGACAGCGGUCGAUCGCUGCCUCUUUUUUUUCAAGUGCAUCACGUGUGUGGCGUGCGACUUGCGCGACAACGAGGCUCUGAAGCGCGAGGCCCCUGAGACGAAUCCCGCGUUCGCGGCGGAGAGCGCGAACGCGGUUUUCCUCGAGAGCGUCAAGCGACUGGGCGACAGAGCGUCUGAAGAGCUCUGCGACUUGAUUCGUCGCGCGAUUCCGAUAGUCCUUCCGCUCUACUACCUCUUCCCCAAGCUCGCAGUCCUCGUGAGCGCCUUCCUCUCUCGGCGGAAGCUGCUGACGGGCGAAAUGACCGCCGUCUCUGCGAGAGGGAAACACGCAGAGGAAGAAGACGACUCAGAAGAGGACGUCGCAGACAGAGCUGUGUGCGAGGCGAUGCUUGAGCAGCUUGAGAGCGACCUGCAUCGCAUCCUUCAGUACGACAUGCAGCAGAAGGGAGCGUCGCCUAGCCAGGGAGAGGAAGAAAUCUGA